AGUUACUAUAUUAUUUUUUAAAAGCGUGAAAAUAUAAUAAAGCAUAAAGAUUUUUACAAACACGAUUUUCUCAUUAAACGUAUCUGAGUAAUACCUGGCUUAAGCCGAUAUUAAUUUUACUUUGAAAUAAUAUUUUAAAAUAUGAAACUUAAAAUUGUUGAAGUUUUAAAGAAUUUCGAUAUAUUGCGUAUAAAAAUUGUGCAAAAACGAUCUCUGCAUUUAUUUUUGAUAAUGAAAAUACGUUUUAUUGCACGGGUACUUUUUCGUAUCUAUCAGCAUCGAGAAUUCACCUCGAAGCUACAUUUUAAAUAAGUGUUACAUUAAAUAUAAAUUUAUGGAGAAAACACAUAUAUAAUGCAUUAAAUUAGUGAUGCUUAACAAAUAUGACGAUAAUACGUGUAGACAUAUAUAUUUACAAUAUUUACGUGUACACUUUAAAAUCAGUAAUUUAAUAAACGAUGAGCGGUUUGCAUUUUUUAUUAUUCUCGAUUGGAAAGCUAGAAACGUGCAAAAGUUAACGUCGAACACAAACGCACUCGGGACGAUCUUUUUUUUUUUUUACUUUAAUGCAGUUUAUGACACUUCAUAAGAAGUUCCAUCGCGCGGGGAAGAUUCCGCGAUAUAAACGCUUGGAUGUGUGACGCAGAGACGUCUGUUCCUCGUGAUUCGUAACGACGUAAGUUCUCGCGAGACGUAAUCCUCAAACGACGGCCUCGUGCAGCUCUCGUGACCGUCGCGCGUGCAGACGCGGUAUGUAUCAAGAGCCGCGAUCCACGUACGUAUGACAACGGCGAACGUCAACGGCGGACCUGCCGCCGAAGGUGACAGAUGGUGCAACGGAAUGAAGGUGGCGGAGAAUGGAAUUCCGGUAGGAGGUAGAGGAGCCGAAGAGUGGCGGAAUAUACGGCGUGACUGUGCGGUAGGUGCGAAUACUUAUACGAUAGAGAGACGGAAGCGAUGGAACGCGACAGACGGAACAAGAGAGGGAACCGAGAGAAAAGCGCGCACACAAUACACACACACACACACAAACACACACAAAAGCGCAAAAGAGGUGGGAGCUUUCGCGGGCCGUGAGGGAAACCGUCGGCGAGGGACGGCGAGCAGGGGGCGACGGUUGGCCGUGGAGGAGAAGGAGGGAAUGUGGUGGAGGCCGUGAGGAGCAGCCUUACAGGGGGUGGGGAGACGACGGGUGGCGGUGGUGGCGGCGGCCAACACGCAGGAUCAGUCUCGGGGAGAGAGACCUCGCUCCGCCGCUUUCACCUCGCUCUAUCUAGUACCUCCGCCGCACUCGUACACGCUGGAAAACGCGCCGUUCUUUACGCGCCCGAGUAAAGAGGAAGAGGAAAAAAAAGAGAGAGAGAGAGAGAGAGAAGAAACGCGAGUUCGCGCCGCGCGAGUUCCGGUCGGAGUUCCGGCGGAAGAAAUUCGCGGAGAUCUCGACGAACGCACCGUCGGUCCUGUGGCGCCGGGAAGCCUGUUGCGAGUCGCUUCCGUCCGCUUCCUCGCUCUCUCCCUGCCCUUCGCCCUUUCUCCCUGACGUAUUUCCGUUGGAAGGACAGAAAGGAAGGGUCUCCGUCUCCCGCCUUUCCCCCAUUUCUUUUCCUCUCCGUUCAAUCAGCGACGAUCCUCGACGCGUCGAUUGUUGUUGUUUAUUACGGUCAGCGAGAGAAGCCGGUGCAAAAAGAAAGGGAGAGGAAAAUCACCACGAGGAAACGCCGGAGAGAGCGAGAGAGCGAGAGAAGAAACUCGCGUGCGUUCUCGUUCCGUCCUCUUUGAUCCGAGGUACACGCAUCCCACUUCUGUCGGCCGACGAAGGGAUUACGAGGGAGAGGAGCAGUGGGAUACAACGCGUGUAAGAAUCAUGUCACGCUGCUAUCUCCGCUAUCAGCUUGAAAUGGCGAUCUUGGUGCUGUAAAGGAGCGCAAAGAGGACGACGAGGUGAGAAUAAUAUGCGCUCGCGAAUUGCGCGCGAGGGUGCGCGAGCCGGAAGACGACCGAGCCACUACUUGCCGCAGUGACCUGCGAGCUUGCGAGCGGUACGUACGUUAUGUUCGUGGGUUCACGUACGUCGUUCCAUGUGUCGUGAAAGAGCCCGUGCCAACGGCGACGAUCCCGCGGUCGCAGUUUUUCGGACGAACGACGGCUUCUCGUGAGUAAUCCGGGCGAGUUCCUGCCAGCCGCGGAUCUCCCGGGUCCAGCUCCUCAUCUCUUGGCCGUCUCCGUUGAGCGCGCGAAACAGCUCGAGUUCGAAGAGGACUCGGUGCUUGAAGACAAUCGCCUGCCCCUCUCAGUGAACAUUGCUUGUAUUUUGAUUUUUUUUUUUUGGCAAUACAUGCCACACGAGGGGAUACAUCGUGCGCUGUGAGACGUCGCAGCAUCCGCAGAUAUCGUGGGAUCGCACAGACACCGAAUCGAUAUCAAAAUGGGUUGUUUUGGGAGCAAAGACAAGUUGAGCAAAGAAGAUAUGGAGUUCCUCAAGAAGCAUACGCGAUACGAUGAGCCAACCAUAAAAGAAUGGUACAAAGGUUUCAAACAAGACUGUCCUAAUGGCAAGUUAACGCCGUCGAAAUUUGUCGACAUGUACAAAAUGUUCUUCCCGUCCGGCAACGCGGAAGAAUUCUGCGACCAUGUGUUCCGCACAUUCGACAUGGACAAGAACGGUUACAUCGAUUUUAAGGAAUUCCUACUGGCGAUCGACGUAACGUCCAGCGGUACGCCGGAAGAAAAACUGAAAUGGGCGUUCCGUAUGUACGACGUUGACGGCAACGGCGUUAUCGAUAUGCAGGAAAUGACGAAGAUCGUCCAGGCGAUAUACGACAUGCUCGGCUCGUGUUCGAGCAAUAGGCCGGCGGACACCGCGGAGGAGAGGGCGAAGAACAUAUUCGCGAAGAUGGAUGAGAACAACGACGGGCAGCUGACGCAGGACGAAUUCCUGAAGGGCUGCCUCCAGGACGAGGAGCUGUCGAAGAUGCUCACUCCUUAAUCCCGACAUCGCCGCACUUCCAGACGAUCCGUCGACGCGCGAUAAACUAAAGGACACCACACCCCACGACCCCCCACCCACCCCCACACACACACACACACACCCCAAUUUCCCUCGGAGAAGACUCAGCGCCGGCAACAAUAAGCGGCCACCACCGAAACGGAUACUCGUAAACACAUGCACGCAUACAUCAUUUACACGCGACACACGUAUCAACGACAAUUUCCUAUUAACUUUAUGACGUACGCUAUUAUUGCGGCGGUUCGAUAACGAGACCGUCGCUCGUGCCCGGACGGGGAGAGGGCACGAGCCGUGAUAAUGGAGGAGACGAUCGAAGGUGGCAGAUAAACGGGGAGGAGCAGCGAUCCGAUCGAAAAAGAAGCAGAACUCUCUACACGAGGGAGGGACGAUCGCGCUAUACCUGGGCGCAUCGCCAACGCCCAAAGAUUUUUCCCGCACGGUUUUCGGGCUGCACGGGACGGGUGCAACGACGACAGGUGGUGUGUUAAUCGGUGGUCUUGGAGAAGAAAGGGGGUCUUCUCAGCACAGAAUACGACGAGUGUGCGGCAUCAUCAUCGCCGUCGACAUCACGACGGCGGGGGAUCCUUUAAUUAGCUUGUGGAUGUCCUCAUCCAUUUCGUGAAUUCGCCACGUCGACGCAACCGCACGGCGGAUUCCGGCCUCCACGUCGGCCGGAUUCGAGAAACGUCCACGGAGUGCGGUGACGGAAUUAACGAGCGGGAGGCGAACGACACGAGAGCGUCCCGUCGCCCCGCUCGUCCCGGGGAAGGAGAGGCUGACAAUGCCGGGCGCGCCGAGAGAACCCGCGCUCGCGGACACCGACAAUUCGGCGCGGCUUAACUGAUCCCGGGCCAGACGAUUCGCUCGUCUCUUUACCGGAUUACUCGGUCCCGUCUAAUAACACGGAGACCGGAAACCUCGUGAAUCCUCUGAUGCGCUUUAGGAGUCGUUUUUAGAGGUUUUGCAUCGAGGUUCUCUCCGAUUUUGCUUGUCAGACACCCGAUUCGACGGGUGUCGUCGACACGACACGGAUCUGAUUCUCAGAGUAAUUCCCAGAAGGUUUCCGGGUGACCAGACUCCGAUUAUUUUUGCAAACGCUCUCACUUCGUCGUAGUAGAAUCGGUCAAAUCAGUCGUCAAACGCAUUUUUUUUUUUCAAUUUGUUAGAGCACUCUCUAAAUUACAAUCAAUAAAAAAUAAUUGAAAAUACAAUGGAUUUUCAAUGGUAUACUUGCUUAAUUAUUGAAAUAAAUACACUGAUCUUCUAGUGAUAGUACAUUAAUUUUGAAAUUGAAAUCACUAAAAAAUAAUGAAUACUCGCUAAUUAUCACAGUUAUAAAUAUACCAUUGCAAAUCAGUGAUAGUACACUGAUUGCACUUUAAAGAGCUUUAUUUUCACAACUUGAUUUAAACAUCUAUGUAAGCACAUUCUUGUAUGCGCAAAUCACUUUAAAUUGCAAUCAGUGUAUUAUUACUAAUUUGCAAUGGUAUACUUGUAGCUAUGAUAAUUAGUAUGUGUUUACUUUAGAAUUAAUGUAUAAUUACAUCAAAAUUAAAUGAAAAAUCAGAUUUAUUUCACUGCUUGACAAGUUAUAAGUACAACACUGAAAAUCAAUGUAUUUUCAUUAAUUUCAUUGAUGUUUUACUGAUUGUAAUUUACAGAGAAUGGAUCUUAAAUGUAAAUAGCUUUUAAAUUUGUAUAAUUUUUUAUUUGAGUCUCGUAAAUUUGUUUUUCCAAGAAUUUUUCUUGAAUCUCCUCGCGCAAAGACCGCUUUUUCCAAUUCUCUGUAAGUACAUCAGAACAGCUCAAAGCCGACUGUGAUUUCAAUCUCGUAUAAGCUACUUGUUUAUCACUGCUAAUCUUCAUUCCAUUACUCAUUCUGCAAGAGUACCCGCUUGCUUGAUUAGAUUACGUCGUGGGAGUUACGGGCUUUAUUCGCGUAAUCCUAAUCAUACAGAAAUUCUAAAUAAGAUAACGGAGAAGAGACGCGUGUGCGGCGCAUCAGAGGAUCACGAUCGGGAUUAGGACCGAUCGAAGUCGGCGCGAUCGGCUCGAAAUCGCGAAGAAUUUCACGCAAGAGUUUGCAGAAUAUCGAACUGGAAUUUCGCGAGAGCGGAGAUUACUCGCACGAGUGAGCCUCGUAGAAUUAUUUUAACGAUUGCGAGGGAUGCGUGCCGUAUGCUCCCUUUGUCUCUUGGGUCCGUGUCGAUCGAUUGAUCGUAAUUCCAAGAUCGGCGAGGGGAACGAUUCAUCGGCCACAAAAGACGGUGUUACGCGCCCGCGCGAGGUGCUGACACAACGAAUUGCGAAUUACGAGAUAAUGUCGAUUAGUUAGGGGGAAAGGGAGGGGAAGAAUAUCGCUUACGAGGGGGUGACACAGCGUUAAUUUUAUACCGGUACACCGCGGGAGCCCCGUUGUAUCGUCGACCAGCACGCGCGUCAUCCCUCGCUGGGAAAUCGAUACGCAUACGCUGCUAUUACGGCGGAUGCGGAGUGCACCUGCAGUACGGAUCGCACGUAUGCAUUAUCGUGGUCGCCAGAGAUCCACCGGAUGUCCGUCUCGUAUGGAUUAGGGGAACGAUAGCGAGAAAGAUGGAAGGUGACAAACGCGAAUAUCAAUUUCCGGACGGCCAAAAUUUCCAUGUGAAAUCCACGCGAGUUGCGUCACAAAUUCUCCGUGUUCGUUUUCCGUUUAUUUUCUCGCUUUUCUCUUUCUUAGGUAUGUAACUAAAUUUUUGAUAUACAAGGUAUAAACGAAUAAAUGUAUAAAUAUAACCGUUUACAAAUAUUUAAAAAAGUUCAUAUAAAAGUGAAUUCCGAAACAUUUAGGUAGCAAAAUUUUUGUGUAAAAUAGUAGAAUAUUUUGUAACCAAAGCAACGAACAAACGUUUUAAACAAAAAUUGUAUUCUGUGUGAAGGAGGGUAAAUAAUGGUAAAAUUACAUUUUGAAAAAAUAGAUUUUAUUAUUUUUUUUUUAAUAAAAUGAUAUGACUACAUAAUAUGAUUUUUUAAAUAAUAUUGCAUUAAAAAGUAUUAAAUUGAAAUUAUCAAAAAAUUAAUAAUUUACGAGAUAUUUUAUAUUUUUUCUGAUUCUCAUAUUUUGGUAUAAGAUCAGUUGCUUUGUGUUUUUAACAAAAUAUUUUAUUCUGUUUUAUAAUAAAAUCCUUUCUAUCUCAAAAACUAAACGUUUUUAGAUAUUUACAUUUAAAUAUUUAUAUAAAUUCUUUUUUUUUUUUUUUAUUUAGUUGGUGGAAAAAUACGUUCCCUAUGAUAUUUGACAUUUAUUCGUUUAUUCGUUUAUUCCUACUCUUCAUCUCUUGACUGUUAUUAGUUUACAUUUAAAUUUAUAUAAAGGAGUUUUUUUGAUAACGAUAAUCAUUGAUACAGUUGGCAUAAAAAUCUAAAUGGUAUCUAAAAUCAUCAACUUUAAAUUGAUUCUAAUUUAUUUUUUCUCUUCGGGAAAAAUAAGAGAAGGUUGAAGAGUAAAUUAAGUUAAAGAGUUAAUCGAUGAAACCGACUUCUUUAAUUGAAUUUGAUGCAUUAAUUUACCUUUACUAAGAUUCGCAACGAUCGGUUCGCAACACGAAGUGAGCUCUUUUUGUCACGUUGUAAUUACACGAUCCGGAAAAAGGAGGUAUAAUUAACUCCACUCAUCGCUCUAAUCGAUACGAAGGGAAUCGACCUUACGUAACUGCAUAACGAUCGCUUUAAAUCCAUUCGACGGCGUGCUCGUCGACAUUCCGACACCUUUCAUUACGAAAAGGCUCCGAUGUUUUCUUUUUUUUUCCCUUUUUUUUUUACUCAAAUUCACAUAGCAUGUGCCGAGACACGCGUGUGCCCGCGAGGAACACAAUGUGCACCGAGGUCAACGCGCUUCUUCGUGCAUGUAUUUCGAGAUUUAUGAACAAGCGUUACACGUGCGUCGGAUACGCAACAUACUUCGCAUGGCAUACAUAAAUCGGGAAGCUUGCGGCACGUGCGAAAACGGAAUUGGUCCUUCGCCGUCGAGAAUCCUGUGCCUUGCGUCGAGUCAGGGAGGUAAGUCAUCACAUUAUUUUGUACAAAAUGUGAAAAUUUUUGUUCAAUGCUAUUUCGAAUUAUUUGCGAGCGAUCUCUUCUUACCGAGAGAUCGAAGAAAACAAAAAUAUUGCUAAGAAAAAUUGUUAGCUAAAACGUUCUCCAUCUUACCGAAUGGUCUAUCGUUCUUUAAUGACGUUCUAAAAUUUUCUGCGAAUACAUCUUGCAAUGGUUUUACCGUAAUGCACAGAAUUAACGGCGCACGUUGUACAUAUUUAGAUAUCAAUUCUAAAUCGGUUCCAUGGGAGAAAUGAGCAUUAAGCCCGCGGUACAUCUACUGUGUCUUGUUCUUGAUUUAUCUUUUCGUGUAUGCUGCUACGAAUGCUUCCACUGCACGCUGAUAUCGUUACAGAUUGCACCGUAAUUGCUUGGUUAUCUGUUUCCGAUAGUUCCGCAAUAUUUCUCGCGGUUUGCACGGUAAUUUGCGGCUGCGGAGUCUUUAUUUUCGCUACAAUGACUAAUCCUUCCGUGUGCACAGAUUUCCAGAGGGAUUAGAAAUCCUUCGACUUCUAAUAUCUCUUCCUAGACGAAGUGACCGAAAGUUACUUAUAUCCCGAGUUUCAUUUCUAAUAAAUAAGAAUAUAGGUCAUAUCUAUAUAGAAAAUUCUUAAAAGCAAUAAAAACGUACGUUGAAAACUCCAUUUUUUUCCACGAGAGAAAUUUAUCGGGCAAAUAAUUUUAUUCCUUGGAAACAAAUUAGACAAGUAUCGACAGAUACGAGAGAUUGAAGUUUGUAAACGAUAUAGAUUCUCGCGUUUAAGUUAAAUCAAUCGGCAAGCGUAUUCCCUAGGUCAUUCCAAAACACAUACGCUGCAACUUCGUGCAAGCUCGUGUCGGGUAAGGGAAAGCGAUCACAAGCACGUAUGUGUGCCGCGAGCUUUAAAGAGAAUCAAUCAUGCAGUGUAAUAAGAGUCAACUUGGAGACGCGAAGGCCAACGAUAAUUUUCGCACCGUACGAUUACCUUCGGAUACUUUUUCUGCCGUGUAGCGUCGCGCCCCGACGCGAUAAAUUCUCACGUGCGAAGCGACUCAAUCGCGCUUGGAACACAUUGUGAUCCGCGCGGAUCCCUGGUGAACAGAAAAAAAGAAAAUUCGUUGCACUUACAUUCGCAGGCUUUUAAUCGAUCGACCGAUCGUAUGUUAAUGCAACGGGUAAACUGGACUCGAAUAAAAAUUAGUUUUCGGAACUCUCCGUGAAGACACUAUGACUAUAUUAAGCCAUUAAUAAGUAGUAAGAAUUACAAAGAGUCUCGAGAUAACACAAGAAUUUGAGCGAUUUAGCAGCCGAUAGUAGGAAGAUAAUAUGAAAUCAAAACACGUGGGUACGACUCGGUUCCCUGUGAAUCAUAAAUCACUAUGUUGAAAUGACUGUAAUUAUUGAAUUCAUUGCUUUGUAUAAGAUUAUUUUUUUAAUAAUUUUGUCGAAACAUGCUGGAAACAUAACUUAUAAUUUAAUAUACAUAUUUGUUGCGUUAGAACAUAUUAGAAUUAAUAUUAGUGUUAAUUACUUUCUCCAACAUAAUGAUUUAUGACCUGCACGUGAACCUGAUUCGGAUUUGUUCAUGAAAUAGGUAUUUAUUAAUCCGAUUAAAACAUCCGAGAUACAAUAUUCUCUGUGCAAUUGUUAGGACACUCUGUAUAUUUGUAUAUUAUCUCGUAAGAUGAAUCAAAUUGAUGAAUAAUCACUAUGGAAAUAAUAUCGAAUUAAUUCAUAGUCGUGAACACCGAUAAAAUAUAUUGAAUGUUGAAUAUAAAAUAAAAUAAGAUACUCGCGGCGCGAGUAAAGCAGAGUUAUAAAGCGCAAUUGUACAAACAAUUGUUUCCUCUCUGUCGAUCAGAAAUAUUAUUAAAAUCAGUCGAUGCGUGCGAAUGAAAGAGAGAGAAAGAGAGAGAGAGAGAGAGAGAGAGAGAGAGAGAGAGAGAAAGCGUAUAAAGGAGCUUUUAAUUAAAAUUUCAAUUCAUCCUUCAGUGUCGUUCGCCUGCAGUUAUUAAAACGGAUAAAGAAGAACCAGAGAUAUCUAAAUCUCGAUCGACAAGGUGGGCGAAUGUUGUUAAAAAUUUUACAUCGCAAUGCAUAGAUUACGAAUUGCUUGUGAUAUCGAUUCGGAUAUAGAUUUAUUAAUCGAGGUGGGUUCUACUGUAAUACUUGGAUAAACGUAUAUUUGAAAAUUCUAUGUAUUUUACGGGUUUCAUAAAGAAACUUUAGCAAUCUACGUAGAAUGAUGAACGUCUUGAAGAUGAUAGCGUUACAGAUUGUACGUCUUACAGAGAUCUCUUAUAAUUAAACGAUCGAUAGGUUUAAUAGAACGAAAUCUCUUUGGCAAGUUUGCAUGUAGGAAGAUCACGGUGAGAAAUUUGUUUUACGAAUUGGUAUUCUCGUCCAAAUUAUUAAACUAAAAAGCAUCUGAACUCUGUUUCGUAUUUUCCAAAUAUCAAAACACAUUUUUUGUGCUCUCAACACGAAUGUCUUCUACACAAACUGCAUCUUUCCUAUUCUAUACAUAUAUAUAUAUAUAUAUAUAUAUAUAUAAAUUGUUGAACUAUACUUCAAAUUAUUAAGUUUUCUAAUUUUCGAGUAAAAAGAGUCAAAUACUUCAGGGACUUGUCAAGAGCGCGAGAUGAAUGUGCGAUAAAUUAGAAAUUCUUAAAAUGUUAUACGCGUGCCAUUGCAAUAUAUUGUACGUUGUGUAGUGGAUUAUUCAGUGGAUAGUUUAUAAAUGCGUAAUUAGCGAGGGGGAAAUUUUGGGAUAAUAAAAGUACAUUCGCUCGACUGGCGUAAAGAUGUCGUCCCGUUCAGGAACACACGAAAGUUAUCCGUUGGUACCACGAUUAACGGAUGAUAUCGACAUUAAUCGGCGACCAAACUUGAUGAAUUUGCCAAUUGCGAAUGGUGGUAAUAAAAAAUUAAUUAAUAGUACCAAAAUUAAGCUACUAAUAAGAUUAAUCGAUGGAACCAAUCAAUUAGGCUCGUACCUGUGUUAAUGGAUGGUAUCAAUUUUCAUCAAUGGUACUAAUAUAGCACCAAAAUUAAUUCACAGUACCGAAACGGAUUGAUACCGAGACCUAACCGGCUUUACAAUCUACUCUAACCCGCGUGAAACGGUCGCGCUUAGGGAGGGCGCCCCGCCUCCUUUUCGUAUUAAUUAACAAAGAACAACGAUAAGCGGACCACAAUGUGUUACUGGCACGUCGCGCUCCGACGUAAUAAAAAUCGCGCCACGAAGCGGAAACUCUAUCUCCUAUCUCCGCAAAAGCACGCGAAAACCGCAUUCUUUCUUUACUUUCCUCGGCGGCGGGGUACGUAGAUGAGAUUAUGAGAUAUAUGUCGUGUAGGAUGGAUAAUUCACAUUUCCGCGGUCUGAAACGUCUGAUAAUCAUUAGGGAAGACACAUGUCGCUCGUGCACUCACUCUAACGAGGUGAUAGAUCAUAGCGUUUACUAGCAUUCGACCAAUUGCGUAUUUUUCUUAGAAUACGAUGCGCUUUUUCGGAUUUAUAAGCGCGCGGUCGGGUUCUCUCGUACCUGUAUCUUCUCCUCUGCGCUCCUCGUGUCGCGGUUCUCCUCGGAAACACCGUCGAAAUCAUCACAAUCGCGCUCGCCGACUCGAUCGAUUUCGGGCGCGGUUUUACCUCCUUGCAUAAAUCAGGCAUACAAAUUAGAGACGUACCGUACACCCAAAUGGAACAAGGGAUGUCGCAAAUCUCGCGAAAGUCAUGUCGGAGAAUCCGCACAGACGGCAGACGAUCUAGUCGAUUUUUAACGUAACAAACGGAAAUUGCAUCGAGCGGCGAUUUGAAAGAGAAAUUGAUCGACUCGCGCGAUGUAAUGUCGAAGAACGGCUCCGCGCCGUCGGAAUAAGUAAAAAAUACGCGCUCAUAUAUAUAUUUAUAUUAGGCUAGGUACAUAUCAUCGGCUCCUUCCAUGACGCGCGAGAGGCAGAAGGUCCUCUCGCUUCGCGAUUUUACUCUCUAUGUGCUUCAAUCGCAAUUACCACGAUUAAGUCAAUUUUAAACGAGGAAGAAGAAGAAAAUGAAGAAGAGAGAAAAGCUCUAACUAUUCGUUAAUACGAUAUUUCGAAAUAUAUAUAUAUAUAUAUAAACGUACAUAAUUAUAUAUAACGUGUUAUAAAUAACAUAUAUUCUAUGUGUGUAGCGGAUCUGUACCAGUAAAAGCGGUUUUGCUUACUGGCGGUGACAAAAUCGAUCGCGCAUUUUUGGAAGGGGGAAAAACUGAAGGUUCAAUUACUCCGCGUUGCUUUACAAUGGUGUCCCAAAAAUUGUAAGAUAUUCUGAACAGAGGCGAAUCAAAGAUUUUGCAUAUGCAAGUAAUGAGGAGACUGUGUUAAAAAAAAAAUUACAAAAUUCAGUAAGAUUUUUUAAAUUGAAAAAGUGUUAAAUUGAUAUUUUUGAAGAAAAAUUGGCGUUAUGUUACAUUGUCAAAAAAGUGUUUUAAAUCAAGGAAGUGAUGGUAAAUCGAUAACUCAUCGUCAGUUUGCAAGACCUAAGAUAGACGCAUUCGUUGAUUUACGUAAAGAUACACACUCGCGUUCUAAUCGCUAAUUGCUAAACCGGAACUCGAUUACUUCGUAAAUCCACGCACGAUUUCCGGGUAGACUGGGAGGGGGGGAUAAUGCGGGGAACCGGACAUCGCAGCUCUCUCCUCUCGAAUAGAAAGUGCAGCAUUGACAAUCGACAUAAUAAAAGUUCCCUUUUACGAAAGAGUCGACGUACGUAGACGGGAGGAUUUUUUAAAGCUUAAGAACGGACCUAAAGUGCAUUACAUUAUUAGAGGAGCCGUCAUUUGCGUCUCGAUUGUCGCCCCCUUCGAUAAGUUUGUGCGCAUGUAUGUGUGUAUGCACACUGAAAAAAAGAAUUUAGUAAUAAUAAUCAAGCUUUGAUAAAAUAAUUUCAAUUAAUCUAACCAAAUAUUUAGUAAUUAUAUCAAUAGUAACUAAAUAUAAUAAUACAGAGUGUUUGCUGUCGGAAAAAAGAUUGGAAAAUUUGGAGUUUUUAAGGAAUUUUUAUUCUCGAAAAUUAUCAAAUUUUCAUAGGAUUUUAUUAUUCUGAAAAUUUUUUGGACUUUUUUUUGAAUUUAAAUUUUAUCUUUUAUUUUCUGACAAAAUUAUUUCUUGAAUAAUUUUUUCUUGAUCAUCCCUAUCAAUUAAUUGUCAUUGUAUUUAAUCAAUGUGCAUUUGAAUUGCAGAUAGAUUGUUACAAUUACUUUAUAUUAUUUUUUUCAGUACUUUUUAGUAUUUUUUUCAAAUUAAUACUUAUAACACUUAUAAGUGGCUUUUUUGUGAUUGUAUGAAUUAGGAAACGUUAAAAAGUCUAAUAAUAAAAUAAAUUCAUUUCAAAACUGCUUAUUGUUCAAAAUUAAAACAUUCUUUAAUCUUAAUUUUUAGAAUUUUAAAUAAGAUCCCUGGAAAAUAUUUUACAAAAUUAAAGUAGACAGUACCCUGUAAUAGGAAUCAGUCGAUUACUAAAUAUUAUACUAAAUACUUGAUUACAUCAAUUGAUAUUUGAUCGAAACUAUUUCAUCAAAGCUUGGUAGCUAUCAUUUGGCUUGAUUAUUAUUACCAAACUUUUUUUUUUUUUUUUUAGUGCACAAACUCUUCAGAACCGCCAUUCCGUUGUACGUACACGCAGUAGGAAUGUAACACGCACAUAAAUAUGCACGCACGUAAGCGAACGUGCGCGUCCAGAACUCAAAUUUCCGUCGUUACCACAUUAAUGGCGUAAUUUCGCUAGCGGGCUGUUCGCGCGCAAAUUGUUAAGCGCAAAUCAAAUCGAUCUCUCCUCCGUCUCCCCUUUGUCUAUCGAGAUCUCCAUUUCCGCGGUUUCCGGAUAGAUUGUUUACGCGCGCGACGCAGACCUUCCAUGGGAUCAAUCGGGAUAACUGUCAACGCCGAAACGUUCUCCGAUAGAUGGUAAUUGAUCGAUUAUCACCUUGCAAAUUAUUCGCAGUAUUCACGUUAAUGAACAGUUGCCCGUUUUUUAUCAUCGCCGAACGAUUUCGUCGCGGUCGCCCCGAUUGAUCCCGAUUCUUACGGGUCGCCGCGGAGCGACGAAGAUAAAGUCAAUUCCAGGUCAAUGAGGACGCGAUAAUUAAUGUAACGAGGAGAAAACAGCGGACGCAAGCCACUCGAUGAUUCGGGCCACCGUUCUUUAAAGUCCAUGCGAUUUUAUAUUUUUCUACGCCUUUCGCCCUCCGUUAUCGCUUGCCCUUCGUCAUCUCGCGUGUAUGUGCCCUCACGAACGGAACGCGUUCUAAACUAGUACGAUCUAAGUGACAGACUUUAUAUCGAAGCAUUGCCGUAUUGUUUCGUCGCACAACUGAAUUCUCACAUAACCGGAAUACCCUUUGGACAAUGUUUCCCCGAUCGUAAAUUCCGCUUGCAAUUUCGCCAAUUCCUCGGUCGGCAGAAAUAUCUCGCGCCGUUUGACAUUUGACGAACGUUUCGUCGACAGCAAAGAUAAGAGUCGCGAAGAUAACUAGUGGUCCAAACCAGCAAAGCAAAGUUAUUGCUUAUUGCGUGUUUUCAUUGGCACCCCCCGAUUCUAAUUGCGAACGUUGCGUCACGUAUUAUUCUUCUCGAGAAACUACGAAUUUGAUUUUGCAUUUGGGAACAAGGGAAAAAAACACUUCUUCCCUCGUAUAUACUUUUCGGAUCUACCUCCGAAUUUUAUACAGAAGAUUCAAUCUCGUCCCGCUGAAUGACACGAUUAGAGAAUUUCGAUUGGUACAGGAUGGGGAGGGGUGUUCCGGUCCCCGUGACAGCUAAGUGCGAUCUCGCACUGGUCGAUAAAUUUAAUCUCCUGGGAAACAUCGGCGCCGUCGUCUGGUCGAUACGUCGAUGCCGAUCUGAUCUGUCGAAGGAUCAAUCCCGGCCGUAAACGGUACGUGCGAGUUCUACCCUUCCCCGCCGUGGUAGCUGCGUAUCUCGAUUCAUUCGCUUGGUAAUAUCGAUGAGUUGGCGCCACACUGCAAUUUCCGCAGUCCGGCCUUACUUGGCAGAAAGGUACCUCGCCCUUAAUCCUCCACCCUGAUUAAGCACGUCGCAGUAUCAUUUAUUCAGAUAACAACCUGCAAACGCCUUAAAUCAGUGGUUUCCCCAGUCUUCUUGCUGUGUAUAUUUCUUGCUCGCUAACGUUUACCUCAAAUACGUCUUGGAAGUGUUACCUCACAUUCAUUUUCAGGAUAAAUGUUUAAUUUAUGCGGCAAUUAAAAAUAUCUAACUGCACUUCAGAAUGUAGUGUUAACAUUUUAUAGAAAUGAAAACAACUUUAUUGAGUUUUUUCUGAUUCUAAUGACGAAAGACUUGGACAUUGGAAUUAUAAUAAAUCUGUUUGAAAAUGACUAAUUUGUAAUUUUUUUCAAUGAUUUUCCGUGAUUUGUCGCAAUACAUAAAUAAUUAAAUUUAUUAAUUCACACUUUUUUAAUUGUUUUCUAUUUUAUAUACAUAUAUAUGUUAAAUUAAUAUAUAUAUUAAUAUAAUUUGUAUAUAAAUUUUUACUUUAAUUUUGUACCAUGUACAGUAAAGUUUUGCUACAAAAUAUAAAUAUAGUUUCAACUUGGUGUGUGUGCUUUGUGAUAAACGAUUUAAAUUCUAUUGAAAUUGGGUUUCUAUUUGCUUGGGUUUAGAAUCAAUUGCUGUCCCGUGGGACACUGCCUUACCAAUUAACUUCUCAAUAUAAUCGAAAUCCCUACUAGUACAAUUAUAUAUACCAGCUUUUCAGAUCGAUGUUAGAAAUUAGUUUAGCCUUUGAAGAGAAAUCCUUUGUGCGAUAUACCUUUCUCUCGAGUGUGCGCUUUCCAAUUACGUGAUAAAUGACAGACGUAUGCUCACCCAGAUAAAAACAUUCAUCUUCAAGAUAGUAAAGUUAAAAAAAAAAAGGACGCUUAUAUUUGUUAUGUAAGCCGUUACAUUACACAAACUCCAUUUUUCUGUGUUUUAAAAAGUUUAACGAAUUUGAUCCUUCCUGCGAGCACGUCUUAAAUUCCUAUUACGGUGUCCAGUUUCGAUCGAUGGUAAAUAAAAAAAAAAAAAAAAAUCGACUAACAUCAAUUUGUAGCGAGAUAUAGAACUGCGUGCAUCUAAUAACUCGGGGCCGCGAUGGCAGAAGAUCCUUCCCUCAAAAAGUCGGUCGGAAGGAGAUUAAUCUAGGAUACGCUCGCGUUUACGGCUACGUAAUUACAGAUAACGUAGCGUAAUUACUGUGUUAUUCCGACGUCGCUCUUACUGCAUUGAAUAUUCAUUUGAUCUAGAGUUAGGACUGAACGGUAAAUCCUGAGAGAGGCGCCGCGUCUCGUGACGUCCGGGAGCUUACCCGUGAAGGAGAUAUCCAUGCCGUUCCGGUAUCACGCCUCUUGCCUCGGAGCUUUGCACGCUCGCGCAGAAUUAACCUUCCGAAGGGCUAAGUCAAUAGUUCAUGCAACAUUAUCGUCGCUGUCUUAUUAACGGAAAGUAUUUUGUACAUGUAUAUAUAAUUAUAUAUAACAUAUAUAUAUAUAAUGUCUAGUUUAACUGGUAUCGCCUUCGUCGCCAAAUGAAAUCAAAUCGUAUCUAUUAAGAACGGUAAACGUGAUCGUUUUUAAUUAGGAGACUUUAUUAUAAGACGAUAUGUAUAUACGUGUGGGUACGUAAUCUGGAUCGUAGUUUUUUGUUGUUGUUUUUUUUUUUUCAUCGUGACUCACUUGAACUACUUAUGAGCAAUUAAUUCGCUGAGGAUAAACCCCCUCUGCGAAAGCUGCCCAUUUGUUUUUCUCUAUCUUCAAGUCCGCUCUAGUAUAGAGUACUGAUAAUCCUAAAACACACAAAAAAUUUGUUUCUGAACUUUUCAAGCUUUCCAUUUGUUUUAUCGCUAAUUUUCUUUACAUUUACUCUUAUUAUGUUAUUAUAAUAUUUAAAUUAUUUUCAUAAAAUGAUAAUCAUGCGAAUUGUUAAUUAUUUCGCAAAACAAUUACUUCUGCUUAAUCGGCGCGCAUUAAUUAAUUACACGUUUUACGUAUGUACACACACAGUUUAAUCAACUAUAAAUGUUAACUGAAAAGCGGCAAUCUUACUAUUAUCAAUACGUGCUAAACGGAUAAAUAGACCAGCAAUGAUGAAAGUAACGCGCUUCAGCUAACUCGGCAGUCUGCAAUUUAUACAAAGCACCCUCGGAACAAUUCAAAAGAGCACAAGCGGCGUAGUGCAGCUGUGACUCGUCGUUAGAUCGCACCGCGGUAGUUUGCAUUAUCGUAUUUCGCGUUUCGAAUAUUCUCGCUUCGCUAAGAGCGUGUUCUAAGCAAGGAGGAAAGCUCUAGGGUAGAGAAUAUUGCAAGAGAAUAUCUUUGGGUUUCUGACACUGCUGUCACAUAAGAAUUUAAGUAGAGAAUUACAUAUCUUUAGCAUGUCUUUAUGAAUAUAUUCAUAUUUCUAAAUUAUUAUUAUUAAUAAGCAUAUCUCUUCUCACACAUAUUUCACAUUUAUUCUUUGGUAAAUUUGGAGCUUUUUUUAGCAAAUCCAAAUAGCUCAAAAUAAGGUGAAAAGUUAAUAAUUUUUGCGGGUCAAACAAAGGAUAACAUUGCAAAAUAAAAAGUGAUGGAACCAUGUGUUUGAAUUGCAAAACUAUGUUUUUCAAUUUAUCUCGGAUAGAGAAAUUCAAUAGACUUCUGAUUUGAAGUUUAAUUGUAAAAAUAUGUAAUAUGCUGAAGAUUGAAAAGUUAUGACAAACAAUGACGUCUUCGAUACUUUCCGUUAAGAAAAUAUCGACUCGAAAUUAAUCAAAACAUUUGUUAUUUGAAAAUAAUGUGUGAGAAAUAGAUAUGAGAAGUAAAUAUAUAAAGUACUCUGUAUAUUUAUAUUUAAUUCUUCGAGAUUAAUCAGUGCUUAAGCGAAAUCUUUUAUUUUCAUUGCGAAAGAUAUAUGAUCAUUACAGACGAGAUUAUUUAUCAAUGGCAAUUCUAUUUUCUCGCACUGCAAAGUGUUCAAGACGUAACUACUUUUCACGCAAAUAGAUAAAUCUCUAAUUACCCUAUAUCAAUUCCAUCCACGGUCACGCGUUCUUCUUUUUUCCCCGAAUAAUUCGCUGUUCUUAUAGCGCGAUCCUGUACGAGGGGAGAAACCGGAGGUUAAUAUCCGCUAACCUUGCUUGCUAGUGAGCCACAAUCUUUUCUCUUUUACGACAGAAUCAACCCCUAACGUGGUCAUAACGAGGAACACGGGGACUGAGACGCGAAUCCUUGAUCGAUGCUCUAUGAGAUAUAUAUCUGAUGAAGGAGCUACUCGUGGGGAAUGUACUGCCGUUAAUUACAGUCCUCGAUUCGUAAUCGCUUUAAGCAUUGUGUACCAUAGAUGACUUUCCCGGAAUGGACCUAUCGUGAACAUCUCUCCAUUAUUUAGCUCGUAGACUACUUAGGACCAGAUCGCUCGACGUAUGAGGAAGAAAUAUUAUAUAUUCGUACAAGUCUUAAAUUAUCUAAGGAAUAAGUAGUCAAAGCGGUAAAGACUUUUGCUUUUUUUUUUUUAAAGCAAUUUCAAGAAUUUACAAAAAGCCCGGUGUUCCAAGAUUUCAAACAAGUGUGUCGCCGACCGAUAGUCAAAGACUCCUCAAGUUUAUUCCUGUGUAUGAGAAUUAGAAAAUGUACAUAGAGUCUCUCAUAGAUAAAUCCUAGAAAGAUUUAGAUCAGAUUAUGCUCUAUAUUUGUGGUCUCACCGAAAUUACAAUUGCUUCGCGUAGCUUCACUUGUACACGGUAAAUAUUCCUUCUUUGCACGUUGCACAAAAAAAGUGCUCCAUAAGACGAGAUACAUGACGAGUAACUUGGUAUAGACAUAAAAAAAAAAACAAAUUUUAUAAAUAUGUAAUAUCUGAAGAAGUUAUUAAUAAUUAACAGGAUUCUCGUAGACAUUGAAGCUACUUUGUUAUAAAUGACAUCAUUAUAGACAUUAAACGGUCUUAAAUAUUAAUGUUAAAUCUUUCAUUGUGGCACAAACUGACAAUGUUGUCUUAUCUCUACAGUACUUAAUAAAAGAAUAAGCAAUUAUCCAAUCGUAAACAACAGGCAUCUAAGACAUGUUUGACUAUCUAAUAAGCUUUAGAUUGGGUCCCGAAAUUCUUAUCGUCAGAAUAUUCCAAAAGAAAUUUUCUAGUAUGUAAAUAAAUUUUAUGCUUAACUUGAACGGACUCUUGAUAGAAUAAUGACACACGCAUUUUUGUCCGCCUGUCCGCGAUAAAAAAAAAAACAGGUUACUUCUAAUCUUAAGAAAAAACAAACUUGUAAAAAAUAAACCAUUAUAUAGUUUUUAUUACAACGUAACGAGAAAAUUCAAGUUAAAUGAGGCGUCUCUUAGAUACGUCUAUUUUAGACGCUUACACCACCUAGAUUUUUAGCGGAAAAUUGCGACAUAUUUCAUUAGGUCGACGUAGAAGUUAAAUCCCGGGUGGAUUACGAGGAUAUUCGCAUAUUUCCGAUUUUAACGUGAAAACGAAACUCUAUUUGAUGACGUCGAUUGUAUCGAUCGGAACUAUUGAUAUGGUGCACGAUAUUUCCAUCUACUCGCACUUUAACGACCAGCAACUAUCUUCUCGGAUACAUGCAAUGUCAUUGAUCGCCUGGUCUGCUAUUUUCGCAUUAUGUCCAACACGCGAGAUGUGGAUUACGAAGCUUCACAGAAGUCGUAUUUCAAAUGCGACAUGUAGCACGAACAUGUUUAAAUCAAAUCUUUAACUACCAAUUGCAUAAUUUCGCGAGCAAUUAAAAUCAAUCAUACGCGGGAUUGCCGUUGUUGUGGAUAUUUAAGCGACGAUCACAAUGCACGUUUUUGCCAAACGACAUCCGUUUUCUGAACACGAAGAAUAAAAAAUAGAAAACGAGUCUUGUAAAAUAUUACCACUAACUGGAUAUAAAUUGCGCAUGAUAAACUUAUAGCGCGUAAACUUAUAUCUACAUUUGAGACUACAAUCUGGAUUACGCAAUAGCUCUUGCAGCCACUCUGCUAUGACGUACUACUUCCGACUUUAUUGGUGCUUUCAUUAUAUCUUUGUCAAUUUGUGUAGAAUUAAUUGACGACGUAAUCGUCUGAUGCCAAUUGUCAGUCACGAUUUUUUUUGGGGGGGGGGGGGGGACGCGCGUUUAAUCGGCUCGGAAAAGUAUCAAGACUGACUGUCGAGACUUGACUGUCGCGUGUAAAGUUGCAUUUUGAAUCAAGCGUGAACUUGCGAAACCGACCGUUUAAAUUUCGUUACCUCGCUUUUUACCCCCGUUAUUUAGGAGCUAAGGGCAAUGUACCGCUUAAAGAUGAUUACGUCAUCAAGAUGCCGAUAACGUACACACAAUGCGGCAAACGCGCCCAGAAUUUCGCGGGCACGCUACUUCCUAAUUAACUCGACACAAGUCCGCUUAUCUAAAAACUCAGACUCCCCAGGCGUAUUACCCAGACGUCCUUGCGAGAUAAUUGCCCGGGCGCGGCACUUUGCAUACGACGUUGUUCCACAUUUCAAGUAAAAUCGCUUUUCCGGAGAAGGCCGUUACCAAUCGGAAUACGAGACAACAGGCAUAAAUCUUUCAGGGGGAAAGGGGGAGAGAGAGAGAGAGAGAGAGAGGGUCUUAAUUUUACUCGGAGGUCAACAUAAUAAACUUAUGGACUCGCAAGCUAAAAAGUCCAGCACCGAGAGAUGAAAGAUUGAGGGCAUAUUUACUUUAUUAGACAACACGGAAGAAAAGAAACGGCUUUUUCACGUUAAUGAAGACGUGAAGCUAUUGGUUGCCGAAUUAAACACGCGUAACCCCCGACGAUUGCGCAGUUUCUUCCUGUUAUUAGCGACAGACUGAAAAUGGAACGUAACAUAUAAAAAUCGAUGAGAUAUAUACAUUCAAGCACACAGGCAUUACAAUGCGGUAGCAUUAAUAAAUUGCUCGAUUGACGUCGUUGCAAAAUAUGCUGCCGUGAUACCGUGGAAAAUAUAGCAAAUAUCCCCGGCGUUCGUUUCCCAUUUUCCAUCCACAAUAAACUCCGCGAGGGUCGCGCCAAAUGGAAAAUGGAGAAAUUUAAUUUAUUAAACACUCGACGGCAUUGAUGUAAGCCUAGCUGUACGUUGCACAUUUUGCGAUUUCUGUUCAAGUAUAUCUUUCCUGGCCAGAUCGGUGUAAGGAUACUUGUGAAGCUCUUCACGGUACUCUAACGACAGUUAAAGAAUCGUUGCGUUCAAGAACAUAAGAGGAAUAUCGUGGAAAAGAAAACAAUAAUAAUGACACUCUAAAAAUGAUACAGCUGAUAUUACGGUUCUGAGUUAUAUCUAAAAUUAAAUCUCCGCGCGGGUAUGGUGCAUGGUUGGUUGUGUGCGAAGAAAAAGGGAACCGCGCGAUACUUACUUUUGCCAUUAUCUACAUCGUUAAAACUUUUGUCCCGAUCCUGUUCUAUGCCAUUAUGCCGUUACGUAUUUUCGCCGAUUCGAAUAUGCUCUGCGACGAGACUCUUUUUCUUUUCCCGUUAACGUUAAAUUAUCCACUCAAUAACGAAGCAACGGAGAGUUUCAUUUUGAGCGGCUAAAUUAAUCAGUCGGGGUUUCGAUUCAAGCGAACCUAAGCGCGUAAUUAAGCCCACGUCCGCUGAUUACGCUGAGAUUUCCGUAGCGUGUGCGCGAGCGAACGUCGCGUAAUUACAAUUAGCGCGUUAUGUACUCUUUGGUGUGUCGAAUGCAGUAUUUAGGCGCAUUUUGCGGGUUUGGCAAUCAACGGCCGCGCGGCAUUCGAGAAUACGUGAUUUGAUUCGUCGACGAAAUCGCGUUCGUGCGCUUCUCCUUUUUCCAGCAACGACCGCAACGACGCUCGUAAUCUCUUAGUUACGUGACUUGUGCAAUGUGAUUUCUCUGUACGUUGACCCUUUUGGCUUUGUUAUUCGGUCGCGGUAUUCGCAUGCGUGCUUCUCAUUACGCACACGUAGAAAAAAAUGUAAUUGAUUCAAUAAAGCGUAUAAGUUGCGGGCUGCCAACUACAGAUAUACUCGAUACAAUAAUAUACGCUAUUGCAGUGUCAACAUUGUACUUGCAUUAACGGCAAAUAUUAUUGAGUAUAUCUGUAAUUGGCAGCCCACAACUACACAUUUUAUUGGAUCAAUUAUUUGUUUUUCUGUGCAAUUUAUAGCAAUAUGCUCGUAACAUGAAUUCGUGAUCUUUUUAAAGUAAUUCUUCUAUGACUAAUUCUUUCUUUUUUAUAACGGCUUUGUCAAUUAAACAACUCACUCAAUGUAAAAACAUCACCAUUUCCGAACGAGACUCGACUCCGAAAGGGUUAAUAAUGUAUAUAUCGCUGCUAAAUCAGCGUAAUUAUGUUGAUGCGAUAAAACCGACACUGCGAUACUGAUGUAUUUAUAGAGUUCAACGAAAAGCUGUAGUUUAUUUUGUAAAAUCUGGCAGAUUCCUCAAAUGAGAAUAUAUUAUAAAUCCUUGUGAUUGUAAUUUUGUAUUUUAAUAAGUUCGCGCGACAGAACCGACGGGAAUAUAAAUGUUAAAAAACUUGUUAAACGUCACAGUCCUGGCGUUCUUGUCGCGGGCACGGCGGUGAAGCGGGAGAACGGGCUGUUUUAGCUGUUAGCGUGAUCGAGGGGGUGGCCGUAUCAAAACCAGAAUUUCAUCUGCCGAACAGUUACAUCGACGGGUUGCCUGUCAGCCUUCGCGGAGCCACGUGGCGUGCAGUCUCCCGUGAAAAGUUUCGCGAUAAAAAGCGCGAGAAAACGCCGGUUUGUCUCCCGGAAAACGCGCGACUUCUCCGUUGACAAGUGACACGAACCGCGAGAAUUUCGCGAAAGGCGUCAUCGCCGUUUCCCCGAGAUCGUAUAUAAUUUAUCACGGCGCCUGUCACCGGCCGAUCUCACGGGGAUGGAUCCGCUGGUGCAGCUGCUGACGAAGCAAGAACGGCGAUCCCCGGACGGGGAGGAACAACUUGAUUCGCGACGAUGUCGAUCGAUUAACAAAAAAUCGCGUCCGCAACGCGUGAGAACUGAACCGCCUCUCGGCUCGAAAGAUCGUACGCGAAUAAUAAUAAUAAUAAUAUUGUUAUUAUUUAUGUGAGCAACACAUGUCAUAUGUGUUUCGUCGGGAUGCAACUCUCGCCGAAGACGCCUCGGGGAGAGACUCGUAGGAGACUCGGAAAGAUCUCCAUCUCUCUCUCCCGAGACGCCGUCGUUCGCGAUGACGACGACGCGAUGCCAGGCAGGAUGAUGCUGCCUGGCUGUCGUCGGUUUAUUUGUACGUAACGAAUGAGCGACCGUCGCGAGAUUGCAUCGUGAUGCCGCACGAUGAUGCAUCGUCGAUGCUCCCUCGAGCGAAUCCAUCGCUCGUGUAUGUUAUGUACGCGUGUACGUGCGCCAGAAACGGACACACUUCAAUAUAGGAUUAAUUACCAUAAGAUCAUAGAGUACUUACGUAUUACAAUUAUUAUAUUGUGGUAUAAUUAAUUCCGCGUUUAAGCGAUAUAUAUAUUAUAUAUAUAAAACAAAUAUAUAAUAUAUAUAUAUAUAUAUAUGUAACUUCGAUAUUAUACAUGUAUAUCGAAGCAAACUCGUAUUUUGUAUGCGAGUUGCGCGCGGCGGGGAACCGCGAGAGCCCGCAUAUUAUCGUCUCAUUACUAAUAUUAUUAUAAUAAAGCACACACUACGCUCCAAAUGUA